CAUCCUCAGCUCAUUUCUCUGUUCAAUAUUGCAACCCAACUUCAAUUCUGUUGCUAUUUAAGACCAUAAUUUCACAACCAACAAUGACGCUCUCAUCACUAAGAAGCCAGCCUAUUGACGAGAGUAUAAUCAGAGAGCAGGUUUUGUCCACUGACAAUCAUGACGGUAGACACUUCAAUACCAAUUUUAUUUUGAGCGAUGCGGAAAAGAUUCUUCGUCUCGGAAUGGGUACUACUGAAGAAGUCAUGGUGGAGAAAUUGAAUCAAGUAGUAGAGCUCAAUAAUAUUUACGAACAACUUCCAUAUCAUAUCAGACAAGUUUCGAUUGAGAUAGUGUCCGGCUUAAAUGCUAAGACUGCAAUUCAACAACACUCCACCAUUCUUGGUGUACUGAGGAAGCUGUGUUGGUAUUCUUGGGAAGAUAAGAUGGUUCUCAUGCUUGCUGGUUUCUCCGUUAUCUAUGGAGAAUACAUCAUUCUUGAUUCCCGACUAUGCAAAGGCGACACCAAAUUAAGAGGAUUGGUUAAGAAGUUGGGAUCUCUAAGACAAAAUAAUCUAGUUGAGAUACCACCCUCUUACACCGAAAAAGUUAUAGUGGAUUGCUUGAGUUCUGUGUUAGAACUCACCAAAUCCGUGGUUGAGCUCAAGAAAUGCCCAUAUUACUUCCCCCCACCAUCAAUAAUUUUGGCCUUACCAAUGACUACCUAUUGGAUAGUAACAACUCUCAUUAACCUCAGUGCAGCCUGUGCCUGUGUUGCUCACUUCAAGGUUCAUCAAAAUGAACUUGAGGAGCUAACUGCCUUAAUUGCCAAAAUCCAGGCUACUUUCUCUCCCGAACUAUCAAAGAAAAAGGCAGAGGAAUCUUUUCAAAUAUUGCGGCAUGCAUGGUAUCACAAUUCUUUCUCUAAUAGGAUAGAACUUUUCAAGUUAAUGUUUAAUGUCAAGGAGGAUGAAGAAAAGAUAUUUCAAUGGCGCAAUAAUUUCUGGAGAUUAAAUUAUUGGAGAAACGACCAGACAGAUCUUCUACUAAUAACAUCAGGGUUUGACAUCUCUAAUGAACAAAUUGAUUUUCUAAAUUGGUUUUACAACAACUCAAGCCCAUAUAUUAUUUGGAUCCCAAUCAUGCAGUACAAUGUAGCAUGGACCACUGAGGAUGAACAUCACUUUGAAAAAGUAAAAAAGAGGAUGCAUAAUUUACAUUUGUUGAAUGAUCCACCAAAAAGAUUGUUGCCACAAUUCACUAGAUUUAUUAAAGAGGAGCUAUUUUCAAAGUUUAAGAUGAGACGAUGGGGAGAAGAGGCUAUCCUUGUUUCAAUAGAUCGGAAGGGAAGAAUUGUUCAUUCAAAUGUCAUGCAUAUGAUACUCACUUGGGCUCCUCAUUAUAUUCAAGAAAAUACAAUAGAAGUACAAAGAUUAUAUAAUAUAACUCGCUUGGUGGCAAAGGAGGUGAAAGAAGGGACAAUUGGCGUUAAUCGUGUUCUGCCUGAAAUUGAUGAAAUGAUUAAUGAUUUUUUAAGUGAAAUUGGUGAUAAGAUAAAUGCUUGGGCAGACUUGGUUGACAGCAGGAUACGAAAAGUGUUGGAGGAAUCUACUCCGUAUCGCAGUGACAGGGAGAAAGAUUUGUGGCAACAAGAAACAACUUGGAGUCUUAAUCUCUUGGCACCAAAAUUUCAAUCCUAUCAAGCAAUUGGCGAACUGAUAAAGGAUUGGAUUCAAGAGGAAAAAUAUAUUUUUUUGUAUGGAGGAAAUGACAUAAAAUGGGUUCAAGAAUUCACUUCUAAGGUAGGCAAAGUUGGCUCCAAAACUCAAUUAAACAUAGAGUUGGUCUAUGUUGGAAGAAACAAGAAAAUAAGAGGAAUCAUUGAUGAAAAGAGAAUGAGUCAUUCUCCUUUGCACAAUUCUGCAAGUGUAUGGUGGUUUUGGACUCGUCUUCGAAAUAUGUUUUUGUCAAGAAUUCAUUAUUUAGAUGUGACUGAUUGUCCUGUUAAAGAAUACAACAAUGAUGAGAUUUUGCAAGGGCUUAAAAAAUUAUUGGGCUACGAAAGCACCAAUACAACAAUUGAAGGAUGGGCCUUGUUAUGCAAAGGUGCAAAAGUGAUUGUAUGUGGACAUGGAACUAAAAUGUUGCGAGUCAUGAAUGAAUAUCAAAUAUGGAAGGAGAACAUAGCCCCCAAAGGUUUUGGACAAGCAUUCAAAGACCACCAUGAUGAUAUGAUUUUCAUGAAUAGGCAUUCUUGUUGUACUCUCGAAUAUCCAAUUAACUUGGACAAAAUUCCUGAAAAUGAAACAUGUUAUGAGUGCUCUCGUAGUAUGCACAAGUUUUUAACUUUCACUUGUUGUCAUGGCCAUGAUGUUGACUCUAAUAAAGAUUAGUACUAUUGAGAUUUUGUA